UUAGCAAAGUUGAAAGUUGAAGUUCAAGUAUUAUUGCACGUUCGCAUAUUUUGUAAAUCAAUUUAAAAACUAAUAAGAAAAUGCUGUAUUAUUUGCAAAUUAUCGAGCGGCAAUGAAAUAUGAAAUUACACGUUCGAGUUACAGUUUUCGUUUAUCUAUCAAGUAUUUUAGAAUUGCGUGAUAUCUGUAAUAUGUGUAACUCAUGUGCAUAACAAAGAAUCUUUGAUUGUUAGCAGGAAGAUAUUUUUAAAACCAGGAAAAUUAUUUCACGAUAAGUCUACAACUCGACACGUGUGAAACAAAAUCUGUUCUCUAAACUUCUAAAAGACAAUUUAUAAUGCUUAAACAAUUAGUAUGGAUUUUUGUCUAUUUAAGUUGUGCGACUACAAACGACGAGAAAGGAAACUAUGUUCCGGAUGAUUAUAACUACGAAAACUGGCCGUUUCAUUACAAAGCGGCUUUAAACGCACUAAGUGUUAUAAAAAGAGAUGUACUACCAGAAGUGCAAGCAGAGAGUAGUAUGAAGUCAUCCAGUGUAGUUGAGACUGAGUCACAGAAAAUAACCCAAGAAUUGAAGCCAAUGGUAGGACAAACGGAAGGUGGUAUUGUGAAUGAGGCACCAAAUGCAGAUAUUCCAAGUCCUGAUCUAAAUACCAAACCAGAUCUAAUAACUCUAAAAAAAAAACCUGAGCCAGUGAAGGACCAAGUGAAUAUCACCAAGACAGAUAUAGUUAAAAAUAAUGACACAAAAACAAGUGAAGCAAAUGUUGUGGCCCAACCAAUUUCAAAAAUUGAAGAUACAGCAGCUACUAACACUACCACUAAGGAUCCCAGUAUGGUGGAUAUUAAUAAUCCUGGAGUUGUCAAGCGAGGUCUUAUUGUAUUUGGAGGAUUGACUUUACUUGCUGUUGCAUACUUUAUAUUUUAUAGAAAUAAGCACAAAAAGUUUGAUGCUGCUAACGCACACGGUACCGGCGAUUCAAACCAGUUUAGAUAUGGUGUAUUGCACUCUGACGACCGUAGGGAGAAUCUUGAGCUCUCCCGGAUACCACUCACCAUGGAAUCUGAUGAUGACGAAGACGAGGACUUGGAAAUAUUUGACUUGGAACAGAAGAGGAAAUCCCUUUCAUAUGUUAACUUGCAAACAAAUGAUGAAGAUAUUGUUCUGCGGUCUUCCAAAGAUGAAUCUAAGAAUAAUCUGCUUCUAGAUAUUGAAGAUGCAUCAGGGGAUCAAUUGAUUAACUGGUCCGGAAGUGGGAGUAAGUCAAUAUUAUAAGACAUAUUGUGAUAUUGUGUACAAAGUUGACCCGAAUUUUGUUUGGUUGAGUCAUAUUUUGAUUUAUAAGGAAAUUUAAAAUAGACGCAAAGAACUAAACUUAUUUAUUAAAAAUCUAUUAUUGAGUUAUGCACCAUCACACAAUUAAUUAACUUCGAUUUACUUACAUUUUACAGCAUGUAGAAUUCGCUUUAGUUAAUUUUUUGGGUAUCUUAUAUUAUUAUUAGCGAUUUGAAAUUUGUCUCAACUUUAUAAAUAUUGCAGGAUAAAAGUUCUGAAAGAUUAUCCUGGCUUAGAAAUUGUACUAAUUGGUCUUUACAUUACCAAGUAUUAACAAUGCAAUUUGUAUUGCUAAACAAAUUGUGUAAGAAACAAUAUCUUCAUGACAUCUUCUAGAGAUAUAAUUUGUAUAAAGAUGUACUCAAAUGUCAGAAUGACUUUACAUAAGCACAAUACAGUUAAAUAUUUUACUGCUGAUCAUCAAGUAUUAGCCCAUUAUUAGUUAAUUUUAGUAUGAUUAUGUUAAAAACUUUGCAAUAUUCAAUUCAAAUUCACACAAAAAUCUUAUGCCAUAUGAGAGAGAAAGCAGUUUGUACUGGCUCUUAUUUUUAACUGUUAUGAGAUGUGUAGGCUAAAUUCAUAGUAAAUUAGUACUUAUCAUGGCUGUAAAUAUAUAAAACAAUGUCAGUAAAUUAUCAACUUUGUAAUUAUCAAAAGAUUUAUUUUUCUAUCACUCCAUGUAUACAAAUAAAUUAUUUAUAUUUCACAUACAUAGCUUACGAAAUACUCCUUGUUAUUUAUGUAUUGCCAUAUACUGGGCAAACCCAUGUAUAUAAUUUGAACUGGCUAUAUUUUAAGUGUCAUUGUAUUAGUGUGUUUGAAAGCAAGAAAAUAUUAAUAUUCCAUAAAUUUAGGUUAGUUUUUAAAACAUAAAAAAAUUGGUUUAAUACUAUUGCAUUUAUGAAAAAACUUCGAAUAUUACUUUUUGUGUAUGUAUGUAUAUUUAGGAUAUGACUGCACAAUUUGGUCUUGAUGUUAAAAUUACCAUACUAAAAUUGUAUGGGAAAUAGUUAUUAACUAUUAAUCUGCAAGCUUUAGACUUGCCAUAUCUUACUUUAUAUUUUAUAGCUUGUAACUCCUAAAAAAGUUUAGUAUCAAGUUGCAUUGUUACUAAUUUAAAUAAACAAUAUUUAUUUUAGUUUUAAUAUCAUAAAUGAUUUCAAGUUAUAAUAGGUUUUUCUUGUUAAUAAAAACAUUAUAACUCACUAUGUUUAAACCUAUUUAUAAAUGAAGGAAGAAUUUAUAAAUAGGAAUAAAGUAAAGAAAUGAAUGAUUUAAGUUUUUAUAUGCUUUUGUUAAUAUUCACUAUCUUAGCCUGGAAAUGGUGACUAUAGCCUGUCAGAAAUUACCAAGUGCCAAAGAUGCAACUUAAACAAUAUAUUAUAUUUAUAGAUAUAUUUUUCUAUGAAUACAUUUUUUUAUGUAGUACCUAUACUUAGGUACAUAGACAAUGUGUAUAAAAAUACACUAGUGUUUGUCACCCAUUUUUUUUGCAGAUAUGGAAAUAUGUAGAUGGAAUAUAUAAGUUUCUAAUUCAGCUUCUAGAGUGGUUGUGUCUUUGGUACGGGCUUACUAUCAUAGUAUAUUUUAAGCUUUUGGACUGUGAUAGUAGUAUGGGAGUCUACGUAGUACAAUAUAUUUUCCUAAAUCUUAGUACGUUAUACGUAGAUUCGCAUUUCUCAUCUUUCUAAGCCUAAAUGUUUUAGUGUAAGGCUGUUUAACUAUUAAAAUAUGCGAUAUUUUA